AUGUCGGCAGGCGGCGACUCUUCCGAGAAGGAAAUCAACGCAUCAUGGGCCAUCUUCAUCCAGAUCAUGCUGCUGAUCGUGGCCUUUUUCACAAGCUACAUCCUGCAGCAGCAAAAGGUUACGGCCGUCCACGAAACGGUCAUCUCCAUCUUCGCAGGUAUGACGGUUGGCCUUAUCCUCCGCGUAACGGCCGGCGACAGUAUCCGCGAAAUCGUCAGUUUCGACUACCAGGUCUUCUUUAAUUUGCUGCUACCACCGAUUAUCCUCUCCUCCGGCUACGAGUUGCAUCAAGGGAAUUUCUUCCGAAAUAUAGGCACCAUCCUCACGUUUGCGUUCGCCGGCACCUUCUUGUCGGCCAUUGUCAUUGGUGUCAUUCUGUGGCUGUACACGCGCAUCCCGCUCGAGGGCCUCAGCAUGAGCUGGAUCGACGCCAUUUCUGUUGGCGCCACCCUCUCGGCCACCGACCCCGUGACGAUCCUGGCCAUUUUCAACUCGUACAAGGUCGACCCGAAGCUGUACACAAUCAUCUUUGGCGAGUCGAUCCUGAACGACGCCAUUGCCAUUGUCAUUUUCGAGUCGGCGCAAAAGUCCAAGAACGGCUCGGCCACAUCGUCGAGCAUUGUCAGCCUGCUGAAAGGUAUCGGCAUUUUCUUGAAGGACUUCUUCGGCAGCAUGUUCAUCGGUGCCCUGGUCGGCAUCAUUGCAGCGCUCUGCCUCAAGUACACCUACGUGCGCCGCUACCCCAAGAUUGAGAGCUGUCUGAUUGUGCUCAUUGCCUACGCCACCUACUUCUUUUCUCAAGCUGUGGAGAUGUCUGGUAUCGUGUCUCUGCUGUUCUGCGGAAUAACUCUCAAGCACUACGCCUACUUCAACAUGUCCCGUCGCACGCAGCUCACCACCAAAUACAUCUUCCAGGUGCUUGCGCAGCUCUCCGAAAACUUCAUCUUCAUCUACCUUGGGCUCUCGCUCUUCACCGAAAAGGACCUGCAGUAUCAGCCGCUGCUCAUCAUCGUCACUGUUAUUGCCGUGUGUGCGGCGCGUUGGGUCGCCGUGUUCCCGCUGUCCAAGGCGAUUAACUGGUUCAUUCACUACCGCGAGCGCCGCCGCGGCAUUGUCAACUCAGCCGACGAGCUGCCGUACAACUACCAGGCCAUGCUCUUUUGGGCCGGCCUGCGUGGUGCUGUCGGCGUCGCUCUUGCGGCGCUGCUGACUGGCAAAGAUUCGUUCGCGCUCAAGGCUACCGUGCUUGUUGUAGUGGUGUUGACCGUCAUCAUCUUUGGCGGCACCACGGCACGCAUGCUCGAGAUCCUCGGCAUCCGGACGGGCGUGGUCGACGAGAUCGACUCGGACGACGAGUUUGACAUUGAGCCCGUCGGGAACUAUGCGAAGCGCAAUGGCGGCUUCGGCUACAACCCACCGCGCGCUCCGGGCACGUAUGCCAGCUCGCCCAUGCCUCUCAACCGGCUGGGCAGCAGUAGCGGCGGCGGCAGUGGUGGUGGCGCCGGGGCUAACGGCACAAAACGCGGAUACUAUCCAAGCGGCAGCGCUGACGAUGGUGCUGACCGCCGCAGCUGGACAACGGGCAUGCGGUCGCCCAACCCAAUGGGCGGCGGCUCGAGCCUCAGUCGUAAGAGCUCUGCGCACGAUCUGGCGUCCGGUGAGCGGUCCGACCUGCUGGGCUACUCGGCCAGUGCCACCGACUCCGAAGUCGGCAGUGACAUUGACACAUCCGACCUGCCGCCACCAGCACCCCGCCGGCGGUCCAGUCCCAUGCCACCAGGCGCACCCGAAUCGUACGAAGUCGACGUGGGCGGCAGCAGUUCCGCUGCGGCCGCAGGAGCCGCAGGCAGUUCAGCAGCUGCAGGGACGAGCACACCCACCACGCACAUGUCGGCCACGGCGGCCAUCCGGCAGUUGUGGAACACGGAAGAUCCGACGGCGCUGCUGCGGCAGCUCGACGAAGACUUCAUCAAGCCGAGGCUGCUGCUGGACGGCGGCAAUGGACGCGGCAACGGCGGCAGCAAUGUAUGA